AUGAAGCCAUCGCUCCCAUCCAUCUUUGGGCGCGCAGCAACUUAUCUCUGCGCAUCCUGUCGCAAAGAGGCCGUGGCGGUGUUGUCCAUUCGCCGAGGCACAAGCUUGAGGGGCGCACUUUUCUCAACAGCAACACAAGCAUCACGGCAGCGGGAUGUUUGCCGUGAUCCUGCUGUCGUAGCACAGCGCCGCAUUUUCGCCGGAAGGGCCCUCUCAACAACCGCAUCGUCCUCCCCUUCGAUCGAUCCCAACACUGCCGCUCAACCCUCCUCUUCGUCCAACAACAUCCCAACCUACUACGCCCUCUUUCCCGAAACCCUCCCCCACGGCCCUCCUCCCAAGGGUAAAUUCCACAUCGACCUCCGUGCCCUGCGCCGCGAGUUCCUCCGUCUCCAAGCCGCGUCCCACCCAGACUUCCAUCACCACGCCGCCCAACAAUCUUCCUCAGAGCAAGCCUCAAAAUCCGACGCCCGUCUCCGUGCCGAAGCCACCUCCGCCCUGCUCAACACCGCCUACAAGACUUUGUCCUCCCCUCUUCUCAGAGCACAGUACCUCCUCCGCGAGCAGCACGGGAUUGACCUCGAAGGCGACGAGUCCACAGUCGGGCAUCAUCAUCACGGCGGUCUUGUCGAUCCCGAGCUGCUGAUGACGGUGCUGGAGGCGAGGGAAGCGCUGGAUGAGGCGCAGACGGAGGGCGAAGUGGAGGAGAUUCGGCGGGUAAAUGAGGAGAGGAUAAAGGAGAGUGAGGCAAGGCUGGGGGAGGCGUUUGAGAGGGGGGAUGUCGAGGGGGCGAGGGAAGAGGCAGUUAGGUUGAGGUAUUGGGUUAGUAUUAGGGAGGGAGUCGAUCAGUGGGAGCAUAGCGGUCGGAGGAGGGGGCAUUAG